CCGACCAUUUGUUCGCCACAUCGAGUCCCGCAUGGAGCCAAUCAGUUUUGAAGAUCUCCACUCCCUGUUGCUGAGCGAAGAAAGCCAGAUCCGGCGCUAUUCUGUUCGUCAUGAAUCUCCGUCGCCAACGACGUUCUAUUCUAGCGCCGUCGUUCCUCGUGGACACAGAGGCGGCCGGGGUCGUGGUCGCGGGGCUCCAAGGGGCCGAUUUCCUUCUAAUCCCUUAUUUUCUUCUUCUGGCAGGUCCGGCCCGAAUGCAGGCCUUCUUGGUUCGCGGCCCAAUUCUGCUCCGGUGGUGUGUCACAAUUGUGGGGGGCGUGGGCAUAUAAAGCCCAAUUGCCCAAGCCCACACGUUCCCAACCAUUCCCAUUCUGCCUUUCCUCCUGCUGCCGGCCCACCCACUCCCUAUGGCCCAGUUGGUUCUACAUAUUCCAGCCCACACACCAUGUUUGCUACUUCUCCAGCCCAAAUGAUUAAUUCUCAGCAAUGGCUCAUGGAUUCUGGUACUAAUCAUCAUUUAACCUCUGAUCUGGAUAAUCUUGCUCAUCAUUCGGAAUAUAACGGCACUGAUCAUGUUAUGUUUGGCAACGGACCGGCGCACGGCGAAUGAGAUUUAUCGUGGUUAUGCGGUGGAUGGUCUCUAUUCCCUUCCUCUAAAUAUUGUUCGCCAUCUACCGCCUCUUGCUUGCACUGCGACAUUGGAUGUGUGGCAUCGUCGCCUUGGGCACGCGCAUGAUCGUGUAGUCAAGCAAGCUCUUCGUCAACAUCAUAUCAAAUUUCUUCCCUCUUCCUCGUCAUUAUGUCAUGGUUGUGCUGUCAGCAAAAUUCACAAGUUACCCUUUGUUUCUUCUACCUUUCAAGCCUCUUCUCCUUUAGAACUUGUUUGCAGUGAUGUUU